CCAGCCCCAGGAGUGGAGUCGCAGCUGCUGCCUCUGCAGACGUUUGUUCUCCAGAUGCAGUUUCGGACUUGUCUUCGGAGAGACUUGGGAGUUUCCUUUCAAAGCGAGCCUGCGGAGGUGAUGGGCCUCUGUGGGGAUGUCUGCGGGGAGGCGGCACGGUCUAUGAAGUUAAGAUAAUUUUUUGGAACUGUCGAAAUGGUUGGUCCUAGCUACCAAUGGGAACUUGGAGUCGCUCUGAAAUCCAUCCUGGAAUAACCGUGUUUGACUGGAACCAAAUUUUAUGAAGUCUCCAAGGAUGGGAGCCUGCGCCAGGUCUGUCCUGCUGUCUCACUGGCUCUUUCUGGCCUACGUGCUGAUGGUGUGCUCUAAGCUCCUGUCCGCCUCCAGCCAGCACCUCCGGGGACACACAGGUCAGCACCAAAUCAAGCAAGGGACCUGUGAGGUAGUGGCAGUGCAUAGAUGCUGUAACAGGAACCGCAUCGAGGAGCGAUCGCAGACGGUCAAGUGCUCCUGCUUCCCAGGACAGGUUGCUGGCACGACUCGGGCUCUGCCCUCUUGCGUUGAAGCUUCCAUUGUGAUUCAGAAAUGGUGGUGUCACAUGGACCCUUGUUUGGAAGGAGAGGACUGCCGAGUGCUGCCCGAUUACUCAGGUUGGUCCUGUAGCAGCGGCAACAAAGUCAAAACUACCAAGGUCACACGGUAGCAGGGAGAACAGCGCCUCCACGCUGGAGGAGGGGCGGGCUGCAGCCCUCUCCUGUUGGGACUGCGGUCCUGGACUCCGCGGGAAAUUGAGAUCUUACCCACGUCACACUGGCAUAUCUGUGCUAUGAAUGGUGGUGUUUAUGUAACUGUUCCAGCUCUCACUGCCUCACGACUUGACUACAGUGAGUUACAAUUAUGGGCUGCCACACACACAGCAGACAUCCUACCUGGAUUCCUAAGGAACGUACCUCCAAGAGACUCUGGACCAGUAAACUUGAAGUUGGAAAAAAUGGAUCAUCACUGAAUGAAGACUAGGUCUGCAGCUUUUUCUGCAUUUACACAGGAGCCCGGACCUGUUUCUGAGGACCCUCAUUCUCUUCCUCCUGUGAACUUUUCCUUCAGCCCUGUUGUGGGUCAUCUGAAAAGGUCCAAAUAACAAAACAUUUUGGCAGAAAAUUUUUUUUUUUUUUUUGCAGAUGUAGAUUGAUGAACUCUGAUUAACUGGUGAUGAAAAUUUAUUUUAUAAACCUUGAGGAACAGAAAGACUUAUGGUGGGGUUACUGUGUGUGCGCUUGUUUCACUGCUUUUAAAUUCUCUGCACUGUAAGGUGCUUUGGCAGGUCAGCAGAAAUAAAAUGUUCCCACUGUAACUUCUGUGUGCCGUUUCACCAAGUCUAAGGAAGUGUAUCAACCCCAAUAGUUUAUAACCAAAGCCCUCUCGUGACAGAUACACAACAGGAAGGAAACCUGCUGGGGUUUCUAUGGCUUAAGUGUAUGCAGAGAGGUAAAUCAUUCAAAAUAUAGAACACUUUCUGUUUAGAUAAAGGGUGAUUUCUUAGAUCCAGUUUAUGUCAGUCAAACUGUUUUGCUAACUCCGAGACAAAAGUCAUCAACAGCAGAACUUUUAGACUGUGACUGAGUUAGCCCUACACCUUCCCUCCUUAUUUGUUAGUUAUCUUAUUUUUUAAAUGUGAGUAAAAUCGGAGUCAGGUUUUUUUUUUUUUUUUUUGGUUAAAUGACUUUGCAGCAGCUGUGUCUCCACACAUUCCAGAUGCUGUCAUGCAGAAACGUAUUAGAGACAACAAGUGGCCCAGAUUUUAAAUGCAUAAUGUUAUUAAACAGAUACCACUAUAAUAAUAUGGGAUAAAUUUUAUAUGUUAAGAAAUGCCAAAAACAUACUUUCUGUACUGUUGAUUAUCCCUGUCCUGUCACAAUUAUGGAAGAAAAUAAUAUUAUCGUAUUGUUUGUAACAAUAACAGUUAACAUCUCUUUGAUUUUAUUCUUGCAGAAGGAAUGGAGAAAGGUGAUAGCUAUUUGUUUGCUAAAUUUUGUUUGAAUCUGACUGACUAGAUGCCUACCAGAAUUGUUAUUCUCAUAUUAGUAAGUAAAAAAUUUGUUUCACUGAUCA